AGAAUGAAAAUUGAUAAUUCACAACUAAAUAGAUUAAAAAAUAUAAUAUCUGAAAAUGCCCGUGAAUGAUCCUCUUGGUACUGGUAAGUCAUCAGGGAAUGAAGAAGCAGACAUGGAGUCGAACACAACCAGCGUUCACCACACAAGCAGUGUCGAUGAGGUGGCUUCUGUGGUGCAAGAACGUGUGAUGAGUGAUGUUGAUGAACCUUUGGGUGAUGAGGGAGUCAACAACAUCAGAGGCAGCGCCCGAGUGGAGCUGAAUGCGGUUGGAGUUAGUUCAGAUGGUCAUGUUAAUGGUAGUGUCACGCAAGCAACAGUGAUGGACCACGGUGGUGGUGGUAGCAACCAUGACACAGAAAAAGACUUCAAAAGUAAUGAAGGAUCUGGGGAGGAAAUCGAAAGAUCUCUUUCAAAUUUUAGUGUGGGUCUCUCAACAAAAUGUGAAGAUGUUACCUCCAGCGAAAACAACGUGGAAACUAACAUUAGAGUUGUCAACCUAGAUGAGUCGUCUGUUUCAAAUCAUGGUGCAGAAACCCGGAUGGAAUGUCCUAACUGCAGGUGCUUGGAGAAGAGGUUGGCUGAUGAGGAGAAGCAGUGUGCAGUUCUGAGAGCGAACAUCCAUAAAGUGAGCGCUAAUUGGUUCCAGAGGAAGACCCAGCUCAGUGAGUCGGAAACAGAUGUAGAUGUAACACCUGUUGGGUUACUCGAUCAAACCACUAAAAUAGGAACUGAUGAUGUAGAGGAAAAAGAAGGUGAAGGUUCGGCUAAAAAUGACAGAAAAGGGGAAACUACGCCCAAGUCCAAAGAUUUCGUCAAGAUGCUUAGGAUGAUCGCCCAUAAGUCCGCCCAACUUGAGGUAUCUGACAGCCAAUGUCAUGAUCUUAAAAGACGUCUACGGGAAUGCGAGAAAAUAAUUGACGAUAAGGAUGAUGUCAUUCACGGGUUAAAAGAUCAACUCGAAACGUACCUGAAUGAUAACCAGCAGAUGUCGCUGCAACUGAAUAACUUGGCGGUUCUCUUCCAACAACUCGAGAAAUCCGAACAACAAAAUGUAAUUAAACAGCAGCAGAGGCCAGAAGAAGCCGAAGAUGACGCUGCUGUUCCUCUACCAACGUCAGCCGAAUAUAAAGAGAUGAGCAAGAGUGUCAGUAAGACGUACAUAAAACUGAGAGAUUUGAUUUACGAAAAGAAAGCUUUAGUGACAGAAAUCGAAAGGUUAAAUACUCUGAACGUUGAGCUGCAGAAGCGUGUGGUGCAGCAGGAAACAAGAUUGAUGAGUGUGACCGACGCACUCCACCAAACAUGGCUUGUUGUCUCCGACCUGAAAGAACAACACGCAAAACUUCAUGACGACGAACUCAUAAUGCGUUAUGAGCUCAAACAAAAACGAAAUAUUCUCACGAAGCUGAGACGAGAACUGGAAUCUUCCCGUGCCCAGUGGCAGCUGAUCAGGCAGAAAAAUCAGGAGAGUGAAGAAGAAUACGCAAGUAUUCGGGAAAUGCUGCGUGAAAGACGUAAAGAAUCGUCGGAAAGUGUCUCCAUGCAAGAACCCAAGCAGCCAGAAGAGCCUGACGAAGCCGUGUGUCUCCAUCCAGAGGACACUAAAACUUUUGAUCCUCCAGUAGACCUCCUGCUGGAGAUGGGACUGGAGUACGGUAUUAUCGGUGAGGAAGCUGAAAUGACACAGACGGUUUUAGAGGUCAUCAGAGGUGAAGAUAUUAGACACAAUAGACUGGAACAGCUGGAGGAGCACUGUUCAUUGCUAUACCAGAAACUAUUGGCUUCGACUUCCAGAAGUCUGUUCCUUGCUUCCAGACUGUCCACUUUACACCGGCAGUUCGGAUCCUCAGACGAAGAGGAAGAACUGGAUGACUUUGUCAUGGAAACUGGUGAUGAGGGUACGGAUGAGGACGAUCAAGGCGAAGAAGUUAAUGCCGAAGAUGGCGAUGAUGAUGGUGAGGAAGAGGGUGAGUAUUACACUGAUGCCGACCGUACAGCCCUCAUGGAAUCAGUUUUAUCCAGCCCCGUGUCUGAAGAAUAUGACACAGCGUAUGUCAGUGAAGCUGAAGCAGGUGAACCUCACACCGAGGACCGACGUGGCGCGAAUGAGAACUUGGAUUCUCUAGGAGAAGGGACAUCGCAACAUUUAGCAGGGGCCACAGAAACUAAUGAAGCAUCCAUCAUUACUGAUUCCAGUGAUGCUGCAAGUGGUGAUUUGGAUGAAAGCUGUGACCAUUUGAGCCGAACUCUUAUCAACUUCCUGCCGAGAAAAAUAGAGUUCCUCACCAAAGAAAACAGGAAGCUGGAGGCUCAGCUGAAGAGCAUCAAAGAAGAGAAGGAGGCGGCAGAGGAGCGGAUACUAGACCUCGACAAAGAGAAGAAGCAGCUAGAAGAAGAGCUCAAAGUCUUGGCAAAGGAUAUCGCUGUGGAGAAACUGCAGCGUCAGCAACUGGAGGGGCAGCUCAAGCACCUGGGAAAGUGCGUUGACCAGCUCAAGCUCGACCACCAGAAAGAGGGCAGCGCGCAGGCUGGGGGCGACCAGAGCAGGAGCUCUGAAGAGCGGCGAGCUGAGGAAGAGAGAGUGAAGAGAGAAGUGGCGAUACUGAAGAGAGAAAUGGAGGUGAAGAGGCGGGAGAAGGAGGUGAGGAAGAGAGAAGAGGAUCUGGUGAGAAGAGAAGAGGGCAUGAAGAGCGGAGCUGUGAAGAAAAGAAGAGCGAGCCACCAAGAAUUGGACGAGUCUUCCCUCGAUGACACUACGCCUUCUUGUGUGCAGCCGCAGAAAGCAGUUCUGAACUUGGCGGAGAUUGAUACCGUAAUUCAGGCUGCCGCCAAGAUUCUACGCAACAGUUCAGUCACCCCGGAAUGCCCCGCGUCUGCAACCCUCGGAUCUCACGAGUCUGCCUUAAAAAAAGCCUCAUUAGAAAAGUUCUCAAUAGAAAACUACGCGUCUUCGUUCUCCACCUUUUCAUUGGCUGACGACGGGACAAUUUCUCCUAUAACGACGCAAAAUGUUACAGAUAUUGUAGCAGCUGAAUUUAAAAAUGCAAGUGACGUUGGCAAAUCAGAUGCAGACGUAGACGGAAAUCUUGGAAAACCUGAAGCUUUCGAAGCUUCUGAUCGAAAUCCAGCAAUCAGUAAAACGUUUGUUGCUGACAAUGAAAGUUUUAUCGUAGAUACCCAUGAAAGAAAUCUAUCGUCACAAGUUAGAAGAAAACGAGAAGCUGCAAUGCCCAACAAUAAUGAAUAUAAUGAAGAGGCAGAAAUCACAAUAAAAGAUACGGUGCCUAAUGAAGAAAGGACAAUGCAUCGAGGGACUGAGGCAGGAAUGUCACCCGUGUCAGCUCGAGUCGUGCUUCUGGCACCCACGAUCAGGCCAGAUCAGCUGCCAGAUGCAGGAGUGUCAGCUGAAGUGUACCUGGCACCUCGCACGGUGUUGCUCGUGCCUAUGAACCUUGGUGCAGCUGAUGCAUCUGCAUCUGUUCAUGUCAGAGCCUCGUCUCAGGAUGUUCAAGUUGCAGCGCUGAGGCUGUCCUCGAGAUGCGGUGAUGUAUCUUCUACCACAUCACCAUCUGCAUCAUCGCAUGCAUCACCACAGUCAUCAUUACCUGCAUCAUCACCUGAGGAAGCACAGUUGGCGAUGCCAGUGAUGAGGGUGAUGAGAGACGAGAGCAUUAACAUCACCAUCACUGCUCACCAGCCCGCCCUCAUCACCAUCCUCAUCACCAACACGACCGGUGUCAAGGACGGCGCAGUGGUGCGGUACGCAGUACACUGAGUGUACUGCCUGUACUACGCUGUAACCCGCGGCAGUAACACGGAAUUGUACGCCGCUAACUUUGUGUUUACACUGCAAUGUACAUCGCAGGAGUACAUGUGUCUUUAGAUUGACAAUAUAUAAAACUGAUGGUUAGACUGACCAUAUAGGGCACUUUCGAGGUUUUUGGGCGCCACAUGGUCGGCCAGAUGUAGGGGUUUUAAGCGCCAUAUGGUCGGCCAGAUGUAGGGUUUUAAGCGCCAUAUGGUCGGCCAGAUGUAGGGUUUUAAGCGCCAUAUGGUCGGCCAGAUGUAGGGUUUUUGGCGCCAUAUGGUCGGUCAGAUGUAGGGUUGUGCGAAAAAUGAAAGGCUAUGGCCACGUUUAUAUGGUUUUGGGCGGCGUAUGGUCGGCCAACUAUAUUGUUCCAGACGAAGUAUGGUCGGCCAUAUGUAGGGUUUUGGGCGCAGUUUAGUUGGCUUCAUGUAGGGUUUUGGGUGCCGUAUGGUCGGCCUCGUAUAGUUUUUUGUGCGCCGUAUGGUGGAUUUGGGCGCCGUAUGGUCGGCCGUCCCUCUACAGCUUGGGGUUAGCGAUAGCCUGCACAUAUACGCUGGUAGUUAGCACGUCUGUAUUCGGUGUAAAAAAUUGGAGCAGGUUUUUAGCGCAUUUUCUAAUUUAUGGAAAAAAGGCGCUGUAUAUACAAAGGAAUACGCCUGUUGAGCGUACGUUAGCCAUAUAACGCAUUCACUAUUUCUAUGAUUAACAUUAUUAUUGGUAUUAUUGGCCGCAAUCUUUUUUUUCAUUAUUA